AUGAUCGUACGUGCGGUGGGCGGGCUGCCGGGUCCGUCUGUUCGUUCCAUCAUCAGCUCCAAAGGCAAAUCGUACCCAAGCCAGCAAAGCACGGUACAGUACAUCGGGUAUCGUGCUAACCUCAGCAAUCUUGGGCACUACGCCCCCGAGACCAGGCGGGCGACCAGGUGUGGGCGGGGAGGGGACAGGCGGCCAGAGCGCUGGACCGGCGGCCGGGCCGGAUUGUCCACGUCCGCAUCACAUCCACGUCUGCAUGCUUUUGCGCUUACUCGGUUGCAGGUUGCUUUGCUCGCCGGGGCUGCUUCGAGUCAAGCCUGUCGAGCCAAAUACUCACUCGAGGCGGCGGCGGCGCGCCACCGCGGCACGCACCACAACCUGGCAAACGGGACCGACCUUGUCCGUCCAUCUGGGCGGGCGGCGGGCAGUGGUGCCAGCACGGCAGCACGCCAGGGAGCACCUGCUCCGUAA